AUGGAAAAAUGGGGUGUGGAAGUUCAUGUGUGGCAAUUAUAUAGAGCUAAGUGCAAGGCUAGAGAUGAGAAUAUGGGCAUGCAUUGUGAAAGUUUCAAAAAACUUAAGAAAUAUGUCCAUUAUUUGCAAACAUAUAACCCGGGUACAGUUGUAAAAAUUCAGUCAGCUCCAAGGGUUAAUGAAGAUGAUCCUUUUGUUUUUCAAAGAAUAUGGAUUAUGUUUGAUGCUAUAAAGUCUGGGUUUGAGAAUGGUUGCAGACCCUUUAUAAGAUUAGAUGGUUGCCACUUGAAGGGUCCAUAUGGAGGGAUUUUCCUAGUUGCAGUCAUACUGGAUGGAAAUAGAGGUGUGCUACCUCUUGCAUUUUCUAUAGUUGAAGCAGAAUGUGGUGAUAGCUGGACAUUUUUCCUAAAAAAUAUUUAUUCUUGCAUUGGUGGAGGAACUAAUGAUAGGCCUUUAACUAUUAUGUCAGAUAGGCAAAAGGGACUCGUUGAUGCUGUCAAAAAUAUAUUUCCCAAUGCAUCUCAUAGAGUUUGUUGCAGGUAUUUAUACAUGAAUUUCAAGAAAGAGUUCCCUGGACUCAUGCUCAGAGAUGAUUUUUGGAAUGCUGUAAAGAGUACUCAUUCUUAUGAGUUUUGGCUUCACAUGAAGAAUUUGAAGCCCAAGUUGCAUCAAAGAUUUGCUAAAGCUCAAACAUGGGAAGAGAUAGUUACACCAAGAACAAAGAAAGUAUUGAAUAAGAUCAUUACUGCCAGUAGGUUUCUUAAGUUGCUCCCUGGUAGAAAUGAAGAGUAUGAGGUUCAUGAGGGUCCAUAUAGGUUUGCUGUUAGUUUAGCUAAAAGGACAUGCAGUUGUGGAUGGUGGGAUAUAAGUGGUUUACCAUGCAAGCAUGCUGCUAGAGCAAUUGCAUAUGUUAGGGGUAAUAUUGAAGAGUUUUGCCAUGAAUAUUACACUGUGCAGUGCUAUUCAAGAGUUUAUGCAGGUGCCAUACAUCCUGUUCCUCAAACUGAGCUUGAACCUGAUAAUGAACACCCAUCAAUGUUGCCACCUCCUUUGAGGAGGCAACCGGGAAGGCCAAGGAAGGCUAGAAAGAGAGAUGAGAGUGAACCACCAGCAAGAGGAAGGAGGACAUCAACUGUCACUUGUGCUAGGUGCUUACAAACAUGCCACAAUAAGAGAACUUGUCAAUAUGCUGCUGUUGGGGCAAAUAUGGCUGCAAGUCAAAAGUAG